AUUCGUAAUCCACCGACGAAAAACUUUUAUUUAGUGAAGGAAACAAAGUGAUAAGGAUAGAAACGGUUUCAUGGAUGAAAUACACACAAAAAAGGAAAUGAGUUUGCUAUAGCUGAUCUAAGGGGAUUUGCACGUUUCGCCUUGAGGAAGAAUGUCCCUCCUGUGUCGCCGUAUUGGCCACGCAUGGGUACCAGGGAUCAUGUUGAAGGUGACAGGUAGACUCAUGGCCGGAGCCUUCACUUUGUGGCCGGCCACCGUCUACGCUGCGGCGGGGGACGGGAAGAAGCCUGCGCCCGCCAAGAUGAGCCGGGACGAUCUGUCGCUGUACACCGCGCCGCGACAAGAGAAAGCCCCGUCCGCGGAGCCCAAAGCCGGGCAGCUGGAGCAGAGUGUCGCCACCCUGCGGAAGCUCGCGGAGCCGUACACGGCUUGGUGCCGGACCACUUACGGUCGCAUCGAACCCAAAGUCCAAAGCGCGGUGCGGGUGGGGUGCGACACGUUGACGUUCCUCAAAAAUCCGCCGGGAGACUUCUACGCGCGUGCCGGGAUCAUCGGGUUGACCGGCGUGCUGGGGCUGCUCCUGGCCAGGCGCUCGCGGGUCAAGAGGUUCAUCUACCCGGCGGGCCUGAUGGCCACCAGCGGCGCCCUCUACUACCCGGAUAAGGCGGCGACCAUCGCCAGGUCCGCCGGGGACACCCUGUACGAAGGCGCCGUGCACGGCUACGCCGCCAUGGAGAAGAUCGUGAAGCCGCAAAGCAAGAAGGCCGAGCCGGGGGGCAACUCUCAAGUGAAACGCUGAGGGGGUCGCCGCACCAGCAGCUUUUAAGAACGAACCGUGUGCUCUUUGUUCAUGCCUACUUUUUGUAUCAAGAUAACUCAGGCUGGACUAUCAGAAUGUAUAUUUAUGCAGAAAAUAAAAAUUCAAAACUAUUUCCAGACAGUAGUGUGUCGAUAAAAUCUUUCAUUUACCACUAUAAGUUAUUAUUACUUUGCAACUGUCCCCCCUCCCUACCGAAUUUUCAUUCUUAUUCAUUUCUAUCUUAGUGUUAUAAUACAUACUACUGAUUUUAUUGC